GCCCCCUCUCCUCUUCUCUCCUCCCCUCGCCGCAAACCUUGCCCACGUCUCUCUCAGCUCACACGCAGUCACAAGGCAACGAGAAACACACUCUCCACCUCCCAUUCCUGUGGUUUAUACACGCUGGAGAGACGCUGAUAGGUCCGCUGGUAGGUUGGAAGGGGAUGGAAAAUAGAAGAUAUGCAAGAUUUAUCCAAGGAAACCAUUAACAAUGGACGGCACACUUUGAGGGACCUUGCGCGGCGGGCGUUUGAUGUGCCCUUGAAUUUGUACAACUCCCUGCCAGAGGUAAAACUCUCCCCUCUGGUGAGGAAACUCUUCCUGAUCUCUGUGGUGGGGGCGACAUCCUUCGCCAUUUUGGCCCAUCAGUUGAAACGAAAGCGCGGGAAGAAGAAGCAGGAAGACGAGGAAGAGGACGUGCAGGAGGUGGUGAAGUUGCAGAUGCCAUGGGAGCAGGAACUCUUUAUUCCAGACUUUUCCAGGACGGCAGCAUCGGAGAAAGGUUCGAGUUGCGCCAGCAGUCGGCAGAACCUGAGCCUGUCCUUGCAGUCGAAGGGUUCUCACUCUAACAACACGUAUCCGUCCGCCGGGCUGCUCAGCAGGUACUCCGGCUCUGUCCAGAGUCUGGCCUCGGGACAGAGUGUGAACUCCUCCCAGAGCUGCCUGUGUGCCGGAUCCAACCUGUGGGACAAGGUGGCAGAAGACAAUGAAAUCAACCUGGUGAACAUGCCAGUCACAACUCCAGAAAACCUGUACCUGAUGGGCAUGGAGCUGUUUGAAGAGGCUCUGCAGCGAUGGGAGCAGGCCUUGAGCUUCCGCAGUGGGCAGGUGGAGGAGGAGGAGGAGGCCAGCUGCACGGCCGUCAAACUGGGAGCAGGGGACGCCAUCGCCGAGGAAACCGUGGAGGACAUCAUUAGCGUGGAGUUCAUCCACAAGUUGGAAUCGUUGCUCCAGAGAGCUUACCGACUCCAGGAGGAAUUCCAGGCCACUCUGGGUGCCUCAGACCCAGCUUCACUUGUCAAUGAUAUUGACAGAGACACAGACAUCACUGUCAGGGACCCGGAGGACGUGUGUCAGAGGGACACCACCAGCAUAGCCUCGACGGACUCCUUCGUUUCAGCAGCCGAGUUGUCCGAGCACAGGGAUCAUCGAGGCCCCACCUACGCCCUGGGAUCCUGGUGCCACUUGCCGCUUUAUGAGGAAGCCAUGCACCUGGCAGAAGAGGGCAAGGUUUGCUGCCGAGUCUUGAGGACAGAGUUGCUCGAGUGUGUGGGUGACAGUGACUUCCUGGCCAAGGUACACUGUGUGCGGCAAGCUUUCCAGGUCAUUCUUUCUGAAGCCGCCAACAUCAAGUAUUUCGCUGAGAUGGGGAAAAAGAUCCUGUCUUCGAUAAUGAUGAAAGCACACAAGAAUCCAAAGAGGUUUGCCGAAGUCUUUGAGGAGAUGAUGUUCUUCCUGCAGCAAACGGAUCACUGGGAGACGACCAAACGGGAGCUUGCAAACCGUGGGGUGAAGCACAUGAAUUUUUAUGACGUUGUUUUGGACUUCAUCCUGAUGGACUCCUUUGAGGAUCUGGAGAAUCCCCCUUCGUCGAUCCAGAAUAUUGUUAACAAUCGCUGGCUAAAUAACUCCUUCAAGGAAACUGCCGUGGCUUCAAGCUGUUGGUCCGUUCUGAAGACCAAGAGGCAGCAGAUGAAGGUGCCCAAUGGCUUCAUUGCCCACAUCUACUGUGUGUGUGAACACAUCAGCCCGGUGCUGGCGUGGGGUUUCUUAGGACCCAGGAGCUCCCUCUACGAUUUGUGCUGUUUCUUUAAGGAACAAGUCCUCUUCUUCCUGAAGGACAUCUUUGACUUUGAGAAGGUGAGGUACACCAGCAGGGAGAGUCUAGCAGAGGACAUCUUACACCUGAUCCAGCGUCGCACCGAGCUGCUGAUGGCUUACCUGGGGACUGACAGCCUGAGACAUCUGAAUGGGGGGAGUCUCAAGGAAGCACCUACCCUGGGCCAAAGAUGAUGGGACAAGUUGCACGGUGCCUAUAAUUCAUGAUAGACUCAGGGAGGUUUCCAAUGGAAAGUAUCCGGGAUUUUUUGUAGACUCUUGGUGUUGCUGAGGGCGACCAAGUCCAGACCGGUUGAUUACUUGGAAAUCCCGGUUGCGAUUCGGAAAGCCAUUUCAUUUUGGCCAGGAGGUAUCCUUACAAUUGUAUUACCUGCAAUAAACUUGGUGUGACGUUGCAUUGUCUGCCGUUUUGUUGCUUCUAUCUGGUCAUGGCUUUGACCACUGUUUGGCUCGCCACGUCUUCCCAGUCCCAAUCCCAGAGGAUGAUACGAGGUUAAUCCCCGGGAUGGCGGGACUGUCAUAAGCUGAGAGAAUGGAGCAGCUGGGCUUGUACACUCUGGAGUUUAGAAGCAUGAGAGGGCAUCUCAUUGAAACAUAUAAGAUUGUUAAGGGUUUGGACACGCUAGAGGCAGGAAACAUGUUCCCAAUGUUGGGGGAGUCCAGAACCAGGGGCCACAGUUUAAGAAUAAGGGGUAAGCCAUUUAGAACGGAGACGAGGAAACACUUUUUCUCACAGAGAGUGGAGAGUCUGUGAGAAUUCUCUGCCUCAGAGGGCGGUGGAGGCCGGUUCUCUGGAUACUUUCAAGAGAGAGCUGGAUAGGGCUCUUAAAGAUAGCGGAGUCAGGGGAUUUGGAGAGAAGGCAGGAACAGGAUACUGAUUGGGGAUGAUCAGCCAUGAUAACAUUGAAUGGUGGUGCUGGCUCGAAGGGCCGAAUGGCCUACUCCUGCACCUAUUGUCUAUUGACCAUCCAACAACCUGUGUGGAAUCUGCACCUUCUCCCCGUGACUGCCUGGGUUCUCCCUGGGUGCAUUUAGCUUCCUCCCACAUCGAGGAGGCCAUUCUGCCCAUCGGGUCUAUGCCAGUUCUUAGCUUUCCCAUUGGUCCCAUCUCCCUACUUGUUCCCUGUAACCCAACAAGCCUUUAUCACAGGGCGGGGAAUCAAGAACCAGAGGACACAGGUUUAAGGUGAGAGGGGCAACAGUUUAAUAGACGGGAAUUUGAGGAGACUAAAAUAGGAUUCUUGUGGUAAAAUACAGUGCAUUUGGCCUACAUUGGUCUAAACCUUCCUUUUCCAUGUACUCAACCAAGUGUCUUUUAAAUGCUGUUAUAGAUACAUAGAAACAUAGAAACAUAGAAAUUAGGUGCAGGAGUAGGCCAUUCGGUCCUUCGAGCCUGCACCGCCAUUCAAUAUGAUCAUGGCUGAUCAUCCAACACAGUAUCCCGUACCUGCCUUCUCUCCAUACCCCCUGAUCCCCUUAGCCACAAGGGCCACAUCUAACUCCCUCUUAAAUAUAGCCAAUGAACUGGCCUCAACUAUCCUCUGUGGCAGAGAGUUCCAGAGAUUCACCACUCUCUGUGUGAAAAAAGUUCUUCUCAUCUCAGUUUUAAAGGAUUUCCCCCUUAUCAUUAAGCUGUGACCCCUUGUCCUGGACUUCCCCAACAUCGGGAGCAAUCUUCCUGCAUUUAGCCUGUCCAACCCCUUAAGAAUUUUGUAAGUUUCUAUAAGUUAUAGUUCCUUUCUCAACUGGCAGUUCUAGUACCUUUCCCAACUCUGGCAGCUUGCUUAGUACACCCACCACCCUCUGUGCAGAAAAUGUUGCCCCCUCCCCCCCAGGUUCCCAUCAAACCUUUCCCCUCUCGCCUUAAACGUACGGCCCCUAGCUCUUGAUUCCCGCUGCCGUGGGUACAAUUGACCCUAUCUAUUCCCCUCAUGAUGGUGUCAAGCUGGGAAGGGUACCAAGCAGAUUCACAAGGAUGCUGCCAGGACUCGAGGGGUCUGAGCGACAGGGAGAAGUUGAGCAGGCUGGGACUCCAUUCCUUGGAGCGCAGCAGGAUAAGGUUCCAGAGUCGGGCAGGCUCCAGAAGUCUGCAGCUAAUCCAAGAGGUUCCCACCAUUGAUUGGGACCUCAGCUCACGGGGUCUUUGAAUGGAGAGAGAGACGUGACGACUCUAAACAGUGCAGCCAUUCCACCAAGCAGCGGCUUAUGUGUUUGGUGUUGUCUGCUGCUUAUUAAUGGUCCAUAAUGUGACUGUGUACACAUUGGUAUCUCUGUAUCUAUAUCUCUGACACAUAUAUGUAUAUAUGGAUCUCAGCACCUAAAAGAGUACACCACCCUGUUGACAUUUCCGCCUGCACUUUAAUUUUGCGUUUGACAUUGUGAUCCACCGCGGAACGAUAGCUGCAGAUGCAAUAUGAUAAAAUAGUGUAAAAUAAAAUGCUUGUAUUUUCUGGAAAGUUGAUUAUAACUAAUAAAAGCUGCCUUAUAUACA